UUGCGCGUACACUCAGUGCCAGCCGGGCGACAUUCCUGUUGAGAGUCACUGUGUUAUGUUAAAGGCUGAACUGGAGCGAGACCCGUUUGACAAGACUGGGUGUUUUUUCCAAAGACGAGUGUUUCUACUCCUACUCAACCUCAUUCCUCCACUGAAACCAUCUCCUGUGCGCAUGGGACCUUCCCUCGAUCAGGGCGGAGGAAAACACGCACAGAGUUGGGACAGGUCGAUAAAAGCUUUUAUGUACAUUAUUGUAGAUGGUGUAUUUUCAUCACGUAGCCUACAGAAUGACAGGCUGAGUAAGCAACUCGCGGGAGUUCAUUUACUUAACGAGGCUUUUUGUUGUUUCGGUGGAUAUUUUAACACACAAUGGAUGAGGAUGGUAGAAUGGAUUUUAAAGCCCUGAUGGCCAAGUUUCAGGAUAAAGAACUCUCCGUGAGGCAAGCUAAAAGCAAACGUGUUCUACCAGGGAAACCAAAGGUCGCCCCUCCUGCCCAAAGCCCCACUAGCCCUACUAGCCCCACUAGCCCCACUUAUCUCCCAGCAGGACCACGCACCUCCCUGAUCUCCUCCAUCAACCAGAGCUUGGGAGAAAAGACACUGUUGGCCCCUAGAGUGGUCUUCAAGGAUGAAAAGAAGGUGAGCAAAAUGCCUCUGAUCCAGACUAACUCAAAGGAAAAGGACAAGAGUGAAGGGAAGCCUAAAGGGGGUAAAAGCGAGUCAAUAAAAGGAAGCAAAGAGAUGCUUCAUAACAAUUCCUUAGAUCAGAAACGGAAGAAAGAGAAUGGUAAGAAGCUUCCUGUAGCACACAAGGAGAGCACAGCAGUACUGGUGCCAGCCACCCCUCCACCCAAAGUCACCACACCAAAGAAGAAAGGCAUCCUAACUUUGAAGAAAUCAUCAAAAAGAGAUGCUUUGGUGGCUCCAGGUGAUCUCAUCCUAGACAGCCCCAGCUCAGACAUUCUUGGACCAGUUCCGCUUAUUCCAGCACCUUCUGACUUUGAUGAUGCACCACCAGAAAUCUCCACACCAGAGACCCUUCUACCAAACACCCCGGCCUCACCCGACUCCAAUGCCUCCAUGGGAUUUAUCCCUGCCUCUCCUGACUUCACCCCACCACCUGCCUUUAUUCCCAGUGUCCCAGCUCCGAAAUUGCCAACCACAAAGAGUGAAACCCCACUUAAGAUAGAAACUCCUGUUCUGUCUAUUCUCAGACCUUCCAGCCAAAAUGAAAUUAAUCUGAACCCACCCAGUGAUGUCCGAGCUACUCCACCCAGUCGCACCAUCUCCAGUCAUCUUCCAGUGCCCUCUACUCCAUCUCCAUCACCUCCUGAGCCUGAGAUUGCAGCUGAGGCUGGUCUAGAGGCUGUAAACAUGGCUGCAGUGCAGAAGCCUCCUCCUUCAGUCAUAGACCCUCCAUCUAUGUCACCAUCUCCCAGAACUGAGCAUAAGAUCUCAGCAUUCUCAGCCCUCGAGAGGGUGUCGCAGAAGAGCCCAGGAAAACGAAUUCCAGCUGACCAGAGGAUUUUCAGUGCUCUGGAGAAGGCACGCAAGAAGACCUUCAGCCCAUCAGCACACCCCACCACAUCUUACUCCAUCACCCCUCUAGCUGAGGAGCCUUCCCCUGUUCAGAGCCCCACCCACUCUACCCACUCUAUUCCAGCAUUCCCACUCGCUGAUUAUAAAGCUCAGGCAGGAAACGUUCUCCCAGUGAAACCAGCACAAGUUAAUGGCAUUGACCACACAGGCCAAGUCUCUCCAGAGAUGGAAGGCAUCACUGAAGAAAGAUCUAACCCUGUCCCGGAGCCGUUCGUUGUUCCAGCUUCUCCAACUAGAAAGCUCCUCCCGGAGGUCGAGUCUCUGGGUCCUGCUCCACAGAAGCCUGCCAGACCGUCCACUGUCAACCUGAAUCAAUUCUUCCCUCCUCAUCAGAAUGAGAUCCCUGCUCCUCUUGAGUUCACACAGACUGACACCACGGUUGUGCCCAAGUUUGACAAUGUGGCUUCAGAUGCUCCUUCUCCAGAGCUCCGUGUGUUGAAUUGGAGGAAUAGCAACUACACAGGUUCAGAUACUCCAGAUGGACAGAAACAUCCCAUGUUUUACAGCAAUGGGAUAACUCCAGGAGCUAUGGACCAUGCAGCACCAGCUCUUGGAAAUGAAUACCAACUUAAUCUACCACCACAAUCCCCUUUUCCUAGCUCUCAAACAACUCCAUCACCAACAGGGCCUGGAGCUGCAGUUGGGAAUGGUGACUAUGAGAACGGGGAAAAUGUCUAUGAGGACUUCACCUCAUCUGGUACCAGGAAGAAAGGAAAGACUGAUGGUGGCAAGAAGCGCAGAGGACCACCAAAGAAUCCAUAUGCUGAAGCACAGGCAACAAAUGAAGAGAAAACCAAGACGGGCAUAUUCAGCAAGAACGACAAGAAAAUCACCACAGAAGGGUCAGAUGAGAAAGAUCUGAAAAAGAAAGAGAAGCAGCGCCUGGAGAAGGAGAAGAAGGAGCUCAAAGAGCAACAGGAACGGGAAAAGAAAGAGCACAAAGAAAGGGAGAAGAAGGAGAGUGAGAUAAAGAAGAAAUUCAAAAUCACUGGACAGGAGGAUGCCAUGUACCAGGCAAAAGUAACUGUAACGACAAAGGGACGAAAGAACCAUCUACCCGUCAAAAGUGGCGACGUCAUCAGCAUCAUUCAAACAAACAACUGUCCCAGAGGGAAAUGGCUGGCCAGGGACAGGAGCAACAACUAUGGGUAUGUUGCCGUGGAUCAUGUGGAUCUGGACGUCACGGAGAUGAUGGAGCUGGGGAAGAAGGCUACGAUCUCUCACAAGACCAACAGCAAUAUCGGACAGGUUAAAAGCCAAGAGAGCAGGGCCCCAAACCACUUUUCACAACCAAGACAAAGUUACACAGAUGACAGUGAUGAAUGGACUGGUGAUGAUGAUGAAACUCUCUCCCCUUCCCACGAAACUGCUGAUCCUCUGAUUCCAGAGGGCCAUUUCAGGACACCCUCCAUGCCAGAUAUGGGAAACAAAGAUCUUAACGUCAAUCACCAGCACAGUCAGAGUGACAUCAGCCCAGACAGCUCCCAUAUCCUUGCAAGACAUGAAGCACUUCAGAAGUUGGCAACAUUCUUCCACUCACCCAGAGCUGUGGAGCCAGCUGCCAGUGGCACAAGACCAGAGACAAGGCCUGUGCCUGUGAAGAGAGAAACAGUUCACCCGCCUCAAGCCAGUUCACCAGCGGAAAAAGAUGUGCUCGAUAUGCUCAUUUUACCUCCUCCUGACCUGUAUGCUGACUUUGCAGUGGAGUAAUUAUCAGAAAACAAGUCCAACAAAAAGGCAGAAGAAUCAGGACGUCUGUGGUGUUAUUCUUCACACUGUGACCCACAGCAGUGACCUGAUACUGUGACAGUUACUUCAUCCUCCUGACUAUUAUCUUACAUGCAAGAUGACUGCAUUUAUGGAUCAGUAUAAUGAUUUACAAAAGGAGCAGGAAAUGGGGAUUUCACGACAAGAAACCGGAAAAUCUUUCUGUGCCGUUUGUUUUCUGAAGCACUCAGCGUGAAACCAGUGAGGGACAUCUCGGCCAGUGGCCCUGAGCGACUUGUAGACCCAGAUGAACUGCCGAUCCCAGGAAAAGACCUACAAACUGUUGCAGGCAUGCAAGUUUUCUAGGUACUGUGACCCUGGAGACUCUUGUAGGAAAAAUUACAAUUGUCAAUGGAAAUACCAGAAAGCCAAAUCUAUUUAAAGUAGUUGGAAUAACGGGAGGACAACGGCAAAAUAUAGUGGUUUUCUCAGAACAGAGUAUUUUUCAGGUCAAGACACCAUGUUGAGGAAACAGAGACACAGAACUUGAACAUGCUCUCAGUAGCCAGUAGUCUUUCUUACACCAGGUUGUUCCUCAGGAUCAAAUAUUAAAUCGACAGUCCAGGGCUGUUCAAAGAACCCAACAAGUUAUCAAUGUGAGUAUUUAUCUUAGUUUACAUACAGCAGUUUCAUAGCUCAGAUGAAAUUAGCAUUCUACACUCUUAUUACCAGUUUACAGUGUUGGCAGCAAAGGUGUAAAUAACAGAUAAAAAAAUCUUAUGAAAACUUUAGAGAUUUUUAGGUCAGCAGCAAUAAUUAGAAACCCCUAGGAGUUAUCAGUUUUUAUUAAUGGCCCUCUCCACAUGUACAUCUGUAGGACUCCAGUAGACAAUGUUUAUAAGACCUUCAACAUUUAUCUGAUAGUGGUCAGUGUUUCCACCCAGAUGUUUGUCUUAAUGUGCUUUUUCUGUACACUAGUAUCUUUUUCUAUAAUUUUAUUUACUCUCAUGUGAUUACAGAAGUGCAUGUGUAAUUACUUGUCAUAGUAUUUAAAUCCUGAAUUAGCCCAUUAGCUUAAUUAAAAAUGAUCUAUAAUUAUGUACUAAUAAACAACAACAUGGAGCAUAAUCUAAAAACAUAUACAACAAUUCUGACAGCACCAGUUGGUGUGUUCUGAUCCUAAAGCUUUGCCUUCUUUGCUUUUUAUGGAGCUGCUAUCUGGCAUGUGUCCCUUUUAUGUGCCUCUCGUUUUCUAAAGCUUUCCCUCAAGCUGAUGAAUAAGUAUUACACAGAGACAAUA